AACCGUUAAAUAAAGCAGACAUACCUUUUCAGAUUGCAGGCUUUCGUAGAACAUAAUCAAAUGUGGCGAGGUUUAGUUUGCUCUUAGCUGUAGUCCAAGGUGGUACUAGGAAGACGAUUCGAUAAAGAUGCCGCGAGCCCAGGACAUCCUGCCGGGCGCGGUGCUAUGGAUUUCAAGUUUGAUAGUGCUCGAAACAGUUGCCGAGAACUUUGGUUUGCAACAGAUAGCCACUCUACAUUCGGAAGUGCUGGGUGACUUCGGCGUUUUUGACCGAAACGAUUUCUUUAACGACGAGUGGUCUCAAAAAGAUCUCGCUGCUCUCGAACAGAUUAUGGAUGACCACGUGAAACGAUUCAAACUUGAGCUUGAAACCUACAAUUUCUCUCCAAGAUUUCAUCGAUCCAAACGCGCUACCAUACGGAUUCCUACGGUGACGACCAUGAAUCGCAUGCCUAAAACUUCGUUGAAUGCAACUGCUAGUCAACUUGAAAGCCAGGGUGCUAUCAGCUGUUUCGUUUGGAAUGGAGAACGUUUCUGUAUACUUGGCGGUACAAUCUUUGUAUUUAAAAUGGGUAAGGUGGAACCUUUUUUGAGCGGCUUACCUAUCGACACAAACGACCAUAUUAAAACGUAUGUUUACGAUGACGUUAUCUUCCUCACGAUCUACAGCAAGACAUCGUUGCGGUUAUAUUUGCUCCAAAGCCCGGGUUGGAUGACACUAGUUAGUAUCCAGCACAUCACUGGCGAGGUGCUCGAAGACUGUGUCUUUUUCGAACACGAAGGAACCCUGUAUAUGGCUUUGGCCAUACAGCUUGGUGCAAUGCAGUACUCCCGACAUUCCGGCAUGCAAUGCAUAAUCUAUGAGUGGUUAGGGACAACGAUGGAUAUGAAGCACGCUUUUCCAGCUCCUGAACUCAGAAAAAUAGGUGUACUUCAGUCAUCCGAUACUGUUCACUUGGCGCUACUACAUGCAGAUUCCGCCGUCCAUCUGAGGCAAUUCACCGAUGCGGAGGAUACAGAGUUAUUGGAAAUAAUAAACAUUGACCUGGAUCGAGUGUACCAGUUUGAUACUUUUCUAACGGAAGCUCAAUGGUGCCUCCUUCUAGCAGGGUCAAAUAAUUCCUAUAUCUAUUGCCUUGAAGAGGAAAGAUUGUUACAGUGGCAAACUCUGCCACACAAUCAGACUUCUAGUGCUGUUUCCUGGAUGCGCAUUCAGCAGGAGGGAAUCAGUGGCGGUUCCGAUUCAACAAUUCUUAUUUUCAACGCUUUUAAUUCCCAAAGCCACUUUCAGUUUUACGCAUCGGAUACAUCCGGCCACUUUCAUCCAAUUUUUGCUGCAUCGGAAGACAAUUUUGAUGGCCAACCUCUUGCAACUCUUGCUCUCCUAGACGGAUCAAGUUCUGCCCACCUUUAUGUGGCCACUACUAAUCAGAAUAAAUUUUUUUUAGAAAGUUUUGCCAUUCAAAUGUCGGAAGACUUCCGCGAAGAACCCGAAAUCGAUCCUUUGCAAAAGUGCCUCAUUGAUGUCGAUUCGCUAAUUUCAAAGCGUGACACGGGCAUUAUCGACCGCGUUGAAGAACUAAAAAACAACAUGGUUCAUUUUAAAGACAAUGUUACCACCAACGGCACUGUCGUUAUCGCACAAGUGAAUUUCUCUCAAUCACCUGUGAUUGACACAAUCAAGGUGUUGUACAACUUUAGCGAAGAAUUUGUGAGGCCGAAUGAAAUUGAAAUUGCUCUGAAGGGAUUAGAAAUCGCAGCAACAAAUCUUUCUCAAGAAAUACCAAAUCUUUUGUACUCUACAAACUCCACGUUUAUGGGCCGUCUACGUCUCAAUCGUGCAGUUGUAACCGCCGAUGAUGUUCGCCUACCUGAAGCGUCAAUCAAAAGCCUUAACGGUCGUGAUUGGGAUGAAUUUUCCCGACAAGCAUGGCGCUACUCUUCACCUGAACACACCUUUCCUCACGAUAUCUGGGUGGGAGAUCUUAAAGCUGAAAAUGUUUCGGUUGGUUCAACUAUAGGAGGAUCACUGCCCUCGCGUUGGCUACUGAAGUCGGGAGGGAAAAUCAAUGGCAGAGUUGAUUUGGGUAGUUUGGAUGUCCGAGAUAAUAUCGACGUCGGCAAGAACUCUAUCAACGGUGUUGCUGUGGAGGAUACAUUGCGAAAGAAUGCAUCGCAACUAGUCAUUCAAGGAACGAAAUCAUUUUCCGCUAUCGAAGUUAAGAACAAUCUUACGACCAAUACCGUCAAUGAGCGUAAUUUUAGGGCGUGGUCGGAGAUAUUGAUUCUACAGAACAGCGAGAAAGAGCAGCAUUUCACCGGAACAGUGCGGAUCGUGGGUCCUGUACAAGUAGUUGAAAGCUUCCGCAGUGGCUGGAUUAAUGGAAUAAACGUAUCCAUGCUCCCCGGAGUACUCGUUGACAAGAAUGCACACCAGAUCGUUAAAGGAUUCAUCAAUUUCACUGGUCCUCUGCUUGUUAACGAUGCUGAAGUGGAUUCUCUAAACGAUCUCCUUAUCAAAGAUUUAUUGAGUACCUCAGGCCAGCAAACUAUCCUAGCGAGUAUUGAAGUCGACGUCCUAGAUGUUCAAGGAAACAUUGACUGCCCAGAUAUUAAUGGACGAAACGUGGAUGACUUCCUGUACACCGAUGAAGAUAACAUGAAAAUUGCACUAGGCCGGGUACGGUUCUCAGAUGACUUGACCGUUAAGAAUUUGGUCGUGGAAAACGGAAGUCUUAACGGUGUGGAUGUCAUCACGUUGUUGGAUCCACCGUCUUUGCGGAUAGACUCGAAAAUUUACGCAAAUGGAGAUCUAGCUGCGCACGCUGCUCAUGUCCAGAAGAUCAAUAAGAUUGAUCUUUCAAAACUUUCCCAAAACUAUUGGACAAAAUCAACAGACCAAACAAUCCCUGUUAACGUGCGAAUGCCCUUCGAAGUUGUAAUGAAAGAAAAUGUCACUACUCGUACCUUCAUGGAACGCUUCCUCGAUCGUGAUUUCUUCUUGACGAAAACCAACCAGACGUUCAACGUCGACGUGCAAUUCACGGACGAUGUUACCGUACACGGUGAUAUGGUGAUACGCGACUUGAAGGAUAUCAAUGGUGUAACACUCGAAUCUUUGGACGAAGACGUUGUCAAGAAGGAAGGAGACUUCCAUGUCUCUGGCACGAAGACCUUUGAGCAGCUAACCAUUCACGGAAACCUUGCUGUGGAGGAUACUUUUAAUAAUCUGAACAUUCCGCAAGAUAUAGCUCUCCUCAACAGAUCUCAAACGCUAACAGGUACCUUCUUCACGUCCGAUGUUACUGUUGAUGGCGACCUCAUCAGUUCCGCGGGAGACAUCACGCUAAAUACGGUGGCUGGAGUUGUGCUGGAUGAUUUUGUUGCGGCUGCAGCUACAAUAGAUGAAGACGCAACCAUUAACGGACACAUACAUUUCAAGCGACAUUUAGAAGUGGACGACUUGGUCAUUGGCAACUCACUGAAUGGCCGUGAUGUCACCGAUAUUGUUUCAAAAGGUUUAAGAAGAAAACAUCUGAAUCUCGUACAGUGGCCUAAGGUUACGAUUCACGGUCACGUAACCUUUAAGGAAUCGUUUGAAACGGACACUAUCAACAGCUACAACGUUGAGGACUAUUUAAGUCAAGUGGUGAAUAUGACAGACCCCAAAAGAAUCAAUGGAACGAAGAAAACACUCCAUCCCAUCGUUGUCGAAAAAAACGUUAUGCUUGGCUUAUUUAAUGGCGUUCGCCUGAAUUUUUCAACAAUGUUGACAGUGUCUGAUAACCAGACCAUUACUGGUGACUGGGUCGUUGAUCAUCUGAAAUCCGAGAACAUCGAUUUGCGGGCUAUUAACGGCCAGAAUCUCUCUGACUUUGUCCAAAUAGCUGGCACGCAUGAUGUCCAGUCUAUCACUGGACCGAUGGAUAUUCAACAUGUAGCUGUUGAAAAUUCACUCAAAAUUGAAGACCAUGUCCUGAAUGGAUGCAACCUGACUGAGUAUCUCAACGUAACGGAGUUCACUCAUUUCGACAGCUUGUCCAUCCGAAACGGAUCGUUAUUGCUUGAUCAACCCUCAGAAAACAACCCUGACCUUGCCAUGAUAUCACUCAGAGCCUUACGAAAGGAUAGAGCCCAAGUUGUUACCGGUAAUGUGUCAUUCUCGUCCGAUGUGCUGAUGGAAAAACUGAACCUUUCAUCUAACCGUCUUGGAUCAGUCGAUCUGAAUCAGCUUUUACAUGGAUCUAUGCUAAAGUCCGCUAUACAAAACGUUACAGGAACAGUGAGAUAUUUGAAUGGUAUUCAAGUAGAAAACGUUAACGUUGGCCAUCUGAAUGUUACCAAAUGGAACGGCAAAGACGUGAAAGAGAUGGUGGACCAAGUAGUGUUGAAAACAGGAAACCAAACAGUUAGAGCUAAAAAGACUUUCCGUGGUGAUUGGGACAUUCAAGGCAAUCUUAACAUAAGCGGACACAUCGACGAUGUUCCAGUAGCUUCCCUGGUGAAGGUGAAUGAUUCUCAGUUACCCCCACGGACUAAGUUUACUUCUUUGCUUGUCAAAGAGCAAUUGAAUGUCAUUAGUGGCAUGAUUGAUGGCGUCAAUCUUACUUCCGUAUUACAACAAAGAGUUCCCCUCAGAGGGAACAGCACCAUCAAGAGCAACAUAGUCUUUAAAGAUUUGGUCACUGCAGAUAAUAUCAGCGCUAAAAAAAUUAACAACCUAAAUAUGAGUGACUUAGCCUGGAAGACGAUCGCACCCGGACAGAUUAUUACGGGAAAAAAACAUCUUAAUGGGACGAUGGAUAUUCAGGGAGACAUCACGGUAGAUUUGCUGAAUGGUCGGAAUCCGGAAGAAAACGCAGCCUUCGUUGUCCUGAAGGACCAAAAUGCUGAUUUCCAACAUCCAGUGGUGUUUGAUGGUGGGCUGACCGUCUUGAAAUCUGUCAACAUCACAGACUACAAUGAGGCAAGCUUUGAUCAACUGAUAGCCAAUGUUAGUGCAAGAAUCACCAUUCCAGAGAUUCAGCCGAAAAUACUACCCGAAAGGAUAUCAGCGCUUCCGCUGCUGCGAUCCUUACAACGAUCGAAAGGAAAAUUAUCCAGUUUUGAGUUCUUCGAACGAAUUCAGCAAAUUCCUUUCAGCUUUCCACGCGGCUCGAACUUUUCGAUGCACAUUCAACACUGUCCCAUUCCUCCACGAAAGCAAAGUAGCACUAGUGACACGGCAGCUGGCAUUCUUGUUGCUACACACUCAACAGAUGGAAAUAACUGCAAACUGAAAAAGAUUUGUCGCUGCCAUCAUUCAGUCACACUCCCAUCAGACACCAAUGGAUAUUUGAACACGCUCCGGAUACCAACGCGACUUAAAGAUUAUUUGGAAGACAAUCUAGUUUACGGUGAUCGAGUGCGUUUGUUUCACAGUCGGGAUCAGCUCUUUGUCCUUACGAUCGAAAGCCUUUCUAGCUGCUUAGCGGAAAAGGUGUCAAUGGCCGUUUUUAACCCGUUGACAUUCAAAUUGCUAAGAAAAACGGUCUUCGAGUUGAAAGAUAUCGUAGCGGAUGUGGCGCUUGUACGAAGAAACGAGGAUGGUGUGGUGAUCUUAGCCAUCGGCCAGAAAACGGCUGGAGUAUGGAUAUACAGUUUCGAUGGCCACACAUUUAAACGGCAGCAGUUGGUUGAAACAGAAACAGUGGCGUCCAUUCACAUGAGUAGUCAUAAGAAUACGACGUUUUUGGCUAUUGCUUCGUACGGUCUGGAAGCCGUGUCUUCCAUUUGGAACGCUAAUAGUUCUGGAAAGUUUGAACUGAUCAAGGAUGUCCUCACAGUUGGUGCCACGGACGUCAUAUUCACGAAAUCCCGUGAUGAGAUUCACGUAACGUUUGCUCAAGAUCCAUCAAGCAUUGAUGCGUACUCGGACAGUUGGUCGCAGUUCAAAGUUCCCGCUCAAGUACUGCAAUUCAUCCCGUCGUUUGGAACUUUCGAAGUGGUGCAACAGCUGGACAUUGAUAGGAUUGUCAGUUUGACCAACCUGGUCAUUGAUGGGGACGCUUUCAUGGCAGUGGCCACGUUCACAGGCAAAGUUAGAGUCUACAGAUUAAUUCAAGGACAAGGUUUCCAGGUAGAACAGACUUUCAAAUACCCUGGAGUCAGAUCUAUCACUGGCUAUUCGACCCGGAAUGAAACGUUCCUAGUGGCGGCCUCCGAAUCUCGUAUGGCAAUUUUCAUGGCCCGUCUGCGCGGCUUCCAAAAGCCAUCCAUUGAAUUAUGAACAGUUGGCAGUUUGUUGUUGUUAGACAAUUGAGAACACACGUAAUGCUAUGUUUGUGCAUCCCGAAUUUGUGUUUCUAU